AUCCGCAGCCAAGUUGCCUGAGCAGGAACAGGGGAGGUUUCCACUGCCACCGAGGUUGUCCCUGUCUCCGUCACAACAGGCAUGAGGGUUUAGAGAUGCCUUGGCUGCCAGGGCUUUAGAAUCCAACAUUUCCUCCCUGGCCCCUGUGAAAGAAAACGCCGAGAGAGCUGAGACAGGGGGGCGCCUGGAAGGAGACCCCGGACUCCAGUACGCUUCAUCCUCCUUGGCUUUGGAUUUUAAGGACACGAAGGGCCACCAACAGCAUCUCAAGGAUAUCUACUGAGGAUGGUUUCAAGAUGUAGGAUGCUUAUAUGUAAAGUACCCCGAAUGAAGCUGAAGAACCUGUGUUGACAGUACUUCAUGUUGUGGAUGAAACUCUCCUUAUGAAAGACCGACUGGACAAUGAAAAAAGAUACUGAUUGACACUGUUAAAGUAUAAGAGGAAAUGGCCUAUCUUCCAAGCCAGAAACACAUGGAUGCUUCUUAGGAAAGCUCAUUACUCUGGAGGAAUUGACGAGUGCCACGGAAAGACAGCAUCAUGAGCUCUAAGGACUUCUAAGCUGUUCUGUGAAUUUUGAAGCAUAUGAGCAUAGUAAGAGAAUUAUUUUAAGAAGUCUCUAAGGCAAAGAGCACAGGUGGCCACCACCAGCAUGAGGAGCCCGGUACAAAUUGAUGAAGUCAAAGAAGAAAAAUGCAGCAUUCAAGGCAUGUUUCAAGAAACUGGCUUGUGGGACUUUGAGAGACGCUACUACCUGUGACACGCUGGAAGUACCAUGAUCAACUACUCGGUUUGGAUUUCACCCAGUGGCCAUGAGCUUUGUGUGGUAGACAGCAGGGGUUGGAUUUUUAAAAAAGAGCAAACCAGGCCCGUAACCAAGGUGUAGACUAAGAAGUAGAGCCAUGCUUCACACGGCCAGACCAUGCUGGCAGCCGUUCCUGGGUCUGGCUAUGGUGUUCCUCCUCGUGGGAUCCACCAUCGGCUGUCCUGCUCGCUGUGAGUGCUCCGCCCAGAACAAAUCUGUUAGCUGCCACAGAAGACGUUUGAUCGCCAUCCCAGAAGGCAUUCCCAUUGAGACCAAAAUCUUGGACCUCAGCAAAAACAGGUUAAAAAGCGUCAAUCCUGAAGAAUUCAUAUCAUAUCCUCUCUUGGAGGAGAUAGACUUGAGUGACAACAUCAUUGCCAAUGUGGAGCCCGGGGCUUUUAACAACCUCUUUAACCUACGAUCCCUCCGCCUGAAAGGCAAUCGCCUUAAGUUGGUACCAUUGGGAGUAUUCACAGGACUGUCCAACCUCACCAAACUUGACAUUAGUGAGAAUAAGAUUGUUAUUUUGCUGGACUACAUGUUCCAGGAUCUCCAUAACCUGAAGUCUCUAGAAGUGGGGGACAAUGAUUUGGUUUAUAUAUCACACAGGGCCUUUAGCGGACUACUUAGCUUGGAGCAGCUCACCCUGGAGAAGUGCAACUUAACAGCAGUACCAACAGAAGCCCUUUCCCACCUCCGCAGCCUCAUCACCUUGCAUCUGAAGCAUCUUAAUAUCAACAAUAUGCCUGUGUAUGCCUUUAAAAGAUUGUUCCACCUGAAACACCUAGAGAUCGACUACUGGCCUUUGCUCGAUAUGAUGCCGGCCAAUAGUCUCUAUGGUCUCAACCUCACCUGCCUCUCCAUCACUAACACCAACCUGUCCACUGUCCCCUUCCUUGCCUUUAAACACCUGGUAUACCUGACCCACCUUAACCUCUCCUACAAUCCCAUCAGCACUAUCGAAGCAGGCAUGUUCUCUGACCUGAUCCGCCUACAGGAGCUUCAUAUAGUGGGGGCCCAACUGCGCACCAUUGAGCCUCACUCCUUCCAAGGGCUCCGCUUCCUCCGUGUGCUCAAUGUAUCUCAGAACCUGCUGGAAACAUUGGAAGAGAAUGUCUUCUCCUCCCCUAGGGCUUUGGAGGUCCUGAGCAUUAACAACAACCCACUAGCCUGCGACUGCCGACUCCUCUGGCUCCUACAGCGACAACCCACCCUACAGUUUGGGGGCCAGCAGCCCAUGUGUGCCGGGCCAGACACCAUCCGUGAGAGGUCAUUUAAGGAUUUCCAUAGCACUGCUCUUUCUUUUUAUUUUACCUGCAAAAAGCCCAAAAUCCGUGAAAAGAAGUUACAGCAUCUCCUAGUGGAUGAAGGACAAACAGUCCAGCUGGAGUGCAAUGCUGACGGAGACCCACAGCCCGUGAUUUCCUGGGUGACACCCCGAAGGCGUUCCAUCACCGCCAAAUCCAAUGGAAGGGCCACUGUGUUGGGUGAUGGCACCCUGGAAAUCCGUUUUGCCCAGGAUCAAGACAGUGGGUUGUAUGUUUGCAUUGCUAGCAACGCUGCUGGGAACGACACCUACACAGCCUCCCUCACUGUGAAGGGAUUCACUUCAGACCGCUUCCUUUACGCAAACAGGACCCCUAUGUACAUGACCGACUCCAAUGACACCGUUUCCAAUGGCACUAAUGCCAAUACUUUUUCCCUGGACCUUAAAACAAUACUGGUAUCUACAGCCAUGGGCUGUUUCACAUUCCUGGGAGUGGUUUUAUUUUGUUUUCUCCUCCUUUUUGUGUGGAGCCGAGGAAAAGGCAAGCACAAAAAUAGCAUUGACCUCGAGUAUGUGCCCCGAAAAAACAAUGGUGCUGUCGUGGAAGGGGAGGUGGCUGGACCCAGGAGGUUCAACAUGAAAAUGAUAUAAGGGCCCACCACACACCCUACUGUCUUGUGUCCCUGUUGGUCAUGAGUAAGACGUCUGACCACAAGGUUAUCAGGCAGCUUCGUGCAGCUGUCCCUGUGUCAAAGCAGGGUUCAUGGAAGCAGGAGGACUCCUUCGGGAUACUGGCCGGUUAGAGGCAGGCAGGCAUGUGUCACAGCCCUUCACACAAUGGGAUACUAAGUGUUUGCAUUGCAGAUGUUGGCAUUCUGGGGAUCUCAGUAAGGAACCUGAACCUUUGGCUCAUGCUGAUGGACAACAAUUCAACAUUUUCUACCACUGCAAAAACAAAAGAGAAAAAUAAAAGAGAACAUCCUACAGUGUAGGGUUUACAUAUUAAAAAGACACAUUUGUCUAAAAACAUACUCUACAGUAAGAUUUGUAUUUAUUAUUAUCAUUUGUUAAAACCUUGCGUCAUACAAUACUAUUGGUUCAAUACCAAAAAGAGAUCAAUAUAUUCUUUUUUUUGAAACAUAUAUGCUGUAUAUGUUUUAAAGCAAUAUGAAUGAGAGGUCGUGCUUUUAGUUACUCACCAGUAUAGAUCCAAGUGUAAUUUCACCUUCCUUUUACCCACCAAUAUCUGAGGCUAGAUCCCUGGAAUAACAGGCAGAGAUGUGUUGAGAUGUGUAUGUCUGAUGUAGGAUGCCAAGAAACAGGACCCAAGUCAAAUCUGCUCAACUCUGUUAACUUCUGUUACUAUAAAUAAAGGCAUGUGCCUAGUUUUGAUACAGAAUGGAAUAUUUUUUAUACAUACACUACCAACCUGGACCAGUUUACUGUAACAGAAGCCUUUGGGUUUCUCCAGAAGGUGGUAUAUCACUAGAUGUACCUGUAAAAUGCAAGGUAGGUGUCAUUCAUAAAAAUAAUCCAUUUAGCUAGCCCUUAGUUUUACUUCCACCAGUCACUGUUCAUGGGUUAAUGACAAAUGGAAAAAGAAGUAAUGAUUAUAUUUAAUUAUUUGGCAAUAUUCAUCCGUAGUUGCUAUCAAUAAUUCUGUGGUCCAAAAGCUAUCCGAAUAAGGAGUUUUCAGAAGUCAACAAAAAGCAGGGUGAUCCAAGCACAUCAUGACAGCGAUGCAACCAAUGAUCUCUUUCAAAUGUGACAGCUACCGGCCAGAUAGCUACAAGUUAAAUCAGCACACAGCACAUGACACUUCCAAUUUCUCGAUUUAAGUACUAUAUACAUAGUAUGACCACAAUUAGGCAACUUCAAGAUGUUUCCCUGCUUCCUAAUCAAGACUUUUCAUUUCAUGUUGAAAACUAUGUUGCUUAGAUAAGAGAUAUCUGUUUUAUGUAAAGCAGUGAAAGAAAAAACAGUGCAAAUUUAAAAACGAAGUUUAUGUUCCUUCACCAGGGAAAAGCUCAGCUUAUGGCUCUACAAAUAUGUAAUGUUGUGUUGAUUCUUUCACUUUCUCGACCUGAGCAUAUUUGCCCAAUUCUGUUGCUCUUAAUUUUACCAGUCCAAAAAAAAUUGUCAUUAUUAUUAUCAAUGAUCUGGUUUAAGGAGGCAUAAUUCCAUUGGCUGAGUUCUGGAUAACUUCCAAAGCGUAUAUUCAUACGCUCUGAAAAAAGUGUUAGAUGCAGAUUGCAUUCCUGAAAUGACAGCAUUUAAUCAGCAUGCACCAAGUUCCUACAUUUUUCACGUUUUGAAAGGAUGUGGAGCGAGUUCCCUCGGGGUACUUGGUAAGAUAUGUGAAAGAUAUGUGGGUCUGACUCUCAACGGACUAACUUCUUUAAGGGUUUGAAAAUAUGAAGAACUUUAAAUGCUGAAAAAAAUGAAGAAGAACUAUCAAAUUGGCCUCAACUUCAAAAAGGAUCGCAAGAUGUUUUGCAAACUAGGUGGGCAUUACAUAUAAACUCAUUUCUCCUUUUCCAGGGGUAGGAACUGAGAAUUCCCUUUUUUAAAGACUGAAGAAUUGCCUGCUUGAGUUACAGUUAAUUUAGCAACCCUGAAGAUUAUCACAAACAUUUUAGAAAUUCGUUUUCCAUUUAUGUACUUAUUCAUAUAUAACAAUUUGUGUCAGCCUACACUAAAUUCUAUAAAAAUUUCAAAUCCUAAGAAGUUAAAUGCUAUGUUCUUACAGUUAAAAUGAAGAGAUAGUCUUCUAAAAGAGAAUCUAUUUCAUUUUCAUUUUGAAACACCUUAAAAUGUGUGUACUUGGCAAAUUAUGUGUGCAUGUAUGGGGGGGUUGGCCAAUUGUUUUUUAAAAAGUGUUUUGUUAUUCUAUUCUCUAUCAAAAAUUAUAAAAUUUGACCAAAAACCUGCUGAGGAAAACGAGGUUGGAUUCAAUUAUAAGAUAAAGUAUUUAGCUCAAAAAUUUAUAUGUUAUUCUUUCAAAAGAAGAUAGAUUAAAUUCUCUGGGGGCUUUAUUCUCUGAUCCGUAGAACAGUUAAGAUAUUAUUAAAUGAUCUUCCAAAAUGAAGAGGCACUAACUAAUAAACUGAACAAAUGGUGCAUUCCAUAGUGACAAAUUAUAGAUUCAAAGUGAUCUAGGCAAGUCUAAUACACACUCUCAAAAG